GCAAAUUUGUAAUUUUAUUUGCAGCAAUAACAUUGCUUGAUGCUACAAAGCAGGAGUGCUUUAAAUCUUGUAAUGACAACGGAUUUUGUUACCUUGAAAAUGGAACUGAAAAAUGCAAUUGCCUGGAUCGCAUCUACGCUGGAGAGUCAUGUGAUGAUUUGGUUAACCACUGCGACGAGAAUCCAUGCAAGAACGGUGGCAAAUGCAUACCUGAAGCAGGCCAAUACAUUUGUUUGUGCGCGAAGAAUUUCUACGGUCAGAAUUGCACAUUUACAGAAAAACUUUUCGGUCAAAUCUACCUACAGUACAAUCAUAUCGCUCCUGUCAGUAGCAACGAUAAUCAUUUUCUGAUCAUAUUGACGGAUUUGGGCACCGUUAAGUCAAUGGUUGAAAUGGUCACUUCCGGAUAUGCCAUUGCUGGCGAUCUGAGUUUUCCAUCCGAUUCAGGAGAUUUUGUACAAACAAAUGACAUCAGAGCAAUAGCGACACAGUUUAACGUUUCUGUGUCACCGUCAAUUCCCACCGGCAAUGUUUUUUAUCAUGCAGGCAAAUACCGGAUGUCCACACCUGGCAUAGCCAUAGUCACACUCACAAUAACCGAUUUUUCUGGUUCGUCCUUGUUCUAUGGGUGGGAUUUUCAAUUUGGUAGCACGAAAAAUGUUGGAUGCAAUCCGAUAAUAGGAAUAAGAAACUGUGGAGGACCGCGUGAUUUUGUGUCUGUGAACGUAAAACAAUCAGUUUUUGUGGAGGCUACCAUUCAAAGGGACUGUGGCCGCGAUUCUAAUAUUGCAUACAGUUGGUCCAUCUCUAAUUAUUUUGACACAAAAACGUUGCAGUCUUUCAAUGUUGACAGUCGUUCACUGAAAGUACCACCUUUCAGUAUACUGACCAAUUACAACCGGGAAGACGUCUUCUCCAGACUUAAUGUAAUAAAACUGGUGACGUUGGAGAGGAGUGCCGAUGGAACACAAUCUGGCGAAGCAGUUAACAGAUGCUACAUAUUCAUCGUCAAGGACGACCCGAUUGCAAAAAUCGCUGGUGGUGAACGUCAAGAAUAUUCUAACACGCAACAAAUAUUGAUGGAUGCUUCAGACUCUGCGGAUAUGGCGGUGCAUCCGAGGCAAAAUCAAAAUUUGAUAUACUCGUGGCGGUGCAGCAGCAUCAACGAUGCAGACGACUAUUGCAAGAAUCUAAACGAAAUCGCACAAAGCUUCACCAUAAGGCCGAAUCGUUUGGUACUUGCUCGAACCUACAAUUUUACAUUGACUGUCACAUCCUUGAAUACAAACUCAUCUGACUCAGCUCAUCAACUCAUUACUGUCGUUGCGGAAACAUCCCAUCAGCUGCGAAUCAAGUGCAUUAGAAACUGCAGAAGUCAGAGAAUCAAUUCACAGAGUAUAUUUCACCUGAGAGCAAUAUGUCUUACAUGUGGCAGCGCAUCCGUAAAUUUUGCAUGGGAAAUACUUCCACCACCUCCGCAUCAAGAACUGACAUCAUCAAGACUAGUCAUUGAACCGAAAGUUUUGAGAUCUGGAGAAAGUUAUAAGUUUAAAGUUUCUGUUCGGGAUGGCAAAGGGUUUGCAACGGUUGAAAUGACUACACUGGAAAGUAUCAAUGAAAGAUGUACUGUAAGUCCAUCAGAAGGAAUCGAAUCUAUUACCAAGUUUAAUGUGACUUGUAGCAAAGCAGAACCAUGGGUGUUUUACGUACUCUAUCAAGGCGACACACAAUUACUCGUUUCUAAUAUUCCUCACUUCACAUCCACAUUGAAUGCAAAUGGCAAAGUACAAGUUAAAAUACAAAACACCGAUGGACAGCACAUUCGGCAAGAGCUGACUGUUAACAUCGUUGAGUCACCGAUACUGCAUUCAAUCGAGGAAAUUACCGACAUUUUUACAUCAAAAAAUGAUUCAAUCAACCUUCACCGUAUAAUCAAUGAAGAAACUCAAGGUGAUGCAAUUGUCUUCAUAAACAUGGUGGCUGACCGUCUCAGUAAACUCAAUAAUGUGACCGACACAGUUGAACGAAUAAUAGAGCUGAUGAAAGAACUUAGAAUCGAUAAUUUCGAAGACAUAGCGUCCAUUUCACAAACGAUGCUGAAACUGUUAUCACCCAUUCCAAUGAACCACAAACUAGCAUUGAGAUGUGCAACGAUACUGGAUAAAAUGUCAGCUACACUAAAGCGCUUCGAUGAAGAGAUGUCUAUAACUGGGUAUAUUGACACUAGCCGCGAUGUAUUGUCUGUGAUCAAUCAACUCAUCGAUCCGUUCGAGACUAUUCCGCCUGUACAGAAUAGGAAUCCGUUGAUCUCGCACGAAUAUCACACUGAGGACUACGAAUACUACGGAACAUUGGAUUUUGGAAUUUUCGAAAAAUUGGAAAAUUUGGAGACAGUCACGACAUCCGUUGAGAAUACCUUGAUUGGAAUGGCAACAAGUGCAGCUAUGUCAUUUCAGCCAAUGGAAAUGCUGGAAAAUAUAACAGCUGACGAUAUCCAAUUCGAAACGUUAGUGUUCGAUCAGGAGGUUGCCAGAAAUCAUGGUAAUAGCUUGAAAGUGAAUGGAACGUCCGCAUCGGUAACAGUGUCCGAGAAACUGUUAUCACAAUUCGACAGUGACUCCAGCAUUUCAUGUACGUUUUUUAACAAAAAUCCAAUGUGGUGGUUCUCUGAUGGAGGUGACAUCAACUCCGAUGUCGUUGGUGUAUCGAUUUAUAGGUCUGCCAGUGAUGUACAAGAAAAUGUUGAAGAAAUUACGAAGCUUCAGUCACCACUGCAAAUAUCAAUGGAAAUCAAGAACAAACUACCACCACAACAAAAUGAAACAUUUGACCCGACCAAUAAUAUGCGUACAUUCAAAGUAAAAUGCCCAAUUAACGGCAUACUUUCCUUGAACUUUACGCGACUCAGCGGAGCUGCAUCGAUGAACAUUUAUUUUACGAAUCAUCCGAUGACUUCUAUCGAAAUCUCAAGCGUAAGUCCAGCAAUGACCAUCAAUGAAACGAAUCAGGAAGCCGUUCGGAACUUGUAUAAAUUCGAAUGUCCGAUGGCAAGUGAGUCAUUAGUCUUUAUGUCGAUCGUUUCCAGCGCACCGAUAAAUGAAACAUCCGGUCACGUUGAACUUUCAUUCGAAUUGAAUUCGAUUCAAUGUCUUCACUGGGAAACUGGCUCCAAUACCUGGCAAUCCGAUGGAUGUUUAGUCGAUUUGGAACUGAGUUCUGGCGACCGAAUUGAUUGUAAAUGCAGCCACUUAUCAUUAUUCGCUGUAAGGCAUCAAAAAUCCGAUUAUUGUGGUGUGUCUCCCGACUCAUCACUAUUUCCCAUGAAAAGUGUCGUUUGGAUUUGUCUUUUAUUCCUCUUGAUGUCGCUCGUGACGAUAACACUGUGGGCAUGGAGACGUGAAAAACUGGACAAAAAUAAUCAGAAAUGGAUCUAUCUAGAGAGCGAGCAUACAGCCAAGCGUCCUCAUAGUUACGCCGUAACAGUUAUUACCGGAUGUAGACAAAACGCCAACACAACGUCUCAUGUAGCUAUUAAAAUCCAUGGCAGUGAGCACACAUCACAGAUCAUCCCACUAUUUGCUAGAGGUGUACAGCUGUUCCAACGAGGUAGUAUCAACAAUUUCAUCAUCACAAUGAACAAAAGCUUUGGCCGAAUCCGAAACAUCACACUGUGCGUCGAUUAUCAUGGACCAUGUCCAUCAUGGUAUUGCGAAGCCGUUAUCAUUCGUGAUCGGCUACGAAACGAAGAAUGGAAUUUCGAUGUGAAACAUUGGCUACCAAGAGAAACUGGCGAUAAAGCGUUUACUGUUUCGAUAGUUGCUCUAGCCGAAAAGGAAUAUUUCGAUCGGAAACGCUUAUUCGGACUUCAUUGGGCAGAUAUACUACAGAGUAGUUACUCACUGUUCGGCGCUUGUAUGUGGCGUUCCGACGGACGACUGUCUAGAGUGGAGAAAGUGUAUAUUGCGUUUGCUUCAAUUGAAAUGGGAUUGAUGGCCAAUGUAGUGUUCUUCAGUUACAACCAAGACGACAGUCGGUUCGUCCUAAAUGUAUCAUUGUCUGUGAUCGUUGGAGUUUGCACAACCUGUGCAUUCCGAAUUCUUUUGAUAUAUUUGUUGCUAAGGUCAAGUUUGGUGAAGAAAAAUCGCCAGUGGAGGAUGAUGUUUCGAUCGGAGUCUGUGUGAAAUCUAAGAAAAAACCAUUUCCGGCCAAAUCUUAUCGAUGAAAAUAAA